AUGGUCGGUUCGGGAGCUUCGGGUACAACAGUGGCCGCCCGGUUGGCCGAAAAUAGCCAAACAAGUAUAUUAUUGUUGGAAGCGGGCGGCAAACAAAACUUAUACAAUGAUAUUCCGGCAUUUGAACCGAAACUAACCGAAACCGAUCAAAACUGGAAUUAUCCUAUUGUUAGCCAAAAAUAUUCAUAUUUAGGUUAUGUAGACAAUAGGGUAAACAUACCGCAGGGCCGAGUAUUGGGCGGAUCGACAGCCAUUAACUCAAUGAACUACUAUCGCGAAUGUCCCGACUAUUACCGAUUGUGGUCCGAUAUAACCGGUCUAAAAGGUUGGACUUUUGACGAUGUUUUGCCAUUUUUUCUGAAAACCGAAAACAAUUUGGACAACAAUUUAGUUACCACUGAAUCCAGUUAUCAUAGAUCAGGCGGACAAUUGACAGUAACCACACCUACUAUUGAUGAAGUUUUUAAACAUUAUAUAAUUGCAUCGGAAAAAUUGGGCUACAAUUGGACACACAUGGAUGGUAGGCAACCAAUGGGAACAACACUCAUCCAAAAUACUAUCGAUGAUCAGGGAUGUCGUCAAUCAAUUUCAAAAGUAUUUCUCGACGCAAAUAAAAAUAAAAAUUUAAAAGUUUUGGGCAACUCUUUGGUAACAAAAAUAUUGUUUGACGAUAAAAAACGGGCGAUCGGUGUUGAAGUACUCGGAAAUGAUGGCCUAAAGCACAAUGUUUUUGUCAAUAAGGAGGUGAUUAUAAGUGCCGGUGCUAUAGGCAGUCCUCAGCUGUUGAUGCUAUCGGGUAUCGGACCGGCAGAUCAUUUAAAACAAAUGGGUAUUCCUCUGGUUUCCAAUCUAACAGUUGGCCAUAAUAUGAUUUAUUCGCCAUUUAUUCAAGCGAUUCAAUUUGAUAUAAUCAAUCAAUCGCUUGUCGACAAACCAUUGGAAACAUUUGAUAAUAUUUACAAAUUUUUGGUAAACCAUUCCGGACCCUUAAGUCAGAAUUCAUUGGGUGUGACCUGUUUUCCGGAACUGCCAUACAAUAGCAGUACAUAUCCACAACUGAGCAACGGUUGUAUAUUACUACGAACCGGUUAUGUUGGUUCAGAUUUGGAUACAUUAGUUGCCCCAUACAAACAGCCUGACCGAUGGCGCAAAUUUUAUCGGCCAUAUCUAAAUCGUAGCAGUUUUCCUAUUUAUGCAACACUGAAACGCGCAAAAAGUACUGGUCGUAUACAACUAGCAUCAGCUACCGAUCCUCGGGUACCGCCUAUUAUUGACCCGUGUCAAUUUUGUAAUAAAAACGACAUUGAUGAUCUGGUUAAAACACUGAAAUUAGCUUUAAACAUAUAUCAAAGCCCGUCAAUGCAAAAAUAUAUUCAACUAUAUAAAUAUCCGGUUCCCGGUUGUACUCCCUGUACUGAAAAAUAUUUUUGCGACAAUUAUCUCAAAUGUAUUAUCCAAACAAACACCGAUUAUGUAUCACCGAUGGGCGGCUGCCGUAUAGGUCGAUCACCCGAUGAUGAUAUAACCGGUGCUGUUGUCGAUGAAAAUUUCAAAGUGUUUGGUGUUUCAAAUUUACGUGUAAUUUGUUCGUGUAUUAUACCGGUACCGACUGAACAGUCGACUGCCAUAUCGCAAUAA